AUGUCUUCUCUGUUCUUCUUUGUGGCUGUCAUCCUCCUUGUCGAUUCCUCUCCGGCGGUCUCUCCGGCUCCUGAGGUGGAUUUGGUUUCCUCCAGUGAAUGUCCGUCCUGCUCUUUGUCUCUAACGAAGAGGAACAUCUCUUCAUCAGGAGGAGAGAGUGACGUGGUGGAGGCGGUGAAGCGUCACAUUCUCAACAUGCUGCACCUGAGCACCCGACCCAACCUCACGCAGCCGGUCCCUCGUGUCGCGCUGCUCAACGCCAUCAAGAAGCUGCACGUGGGCCAUGUGACCAAAGACGGCACUAUUGAGAUCCAGGAGGAGGGCUGGGCACCUGGGGCUCCAGCACCACCGGAACCACCAUCGGAAAUCAUCAUCUUCGCAGAACCCGGUGACUCUCAGAACGUGAUGACCUUUGACAUCUCGAAGGAGGGCAGUGGCUCAGCGGUGGCGGAACAGGCCAAUGUCUGGAUCUUUCUGAAAAUGUCAAAGGGAAACCGAGUGAAGCGCAAAGUGUUGCUGCGGCUGCUCCAGCACGACCAGGACAAAGACACGGAGCAGGAGUGUGUUUCAGAGAAGAUGGUGGACACCCGGCGCAGCGGCUGGCACACUCUCUCCAUCCCUCACAUCGUUCAGAGCCUGUUGGAUGGCGGCAGCCGCUCCCUCAGCCUGAGGGUUUCCUGUCCGCUGUGUGUGGAGGCUGGAGUUUCACCUGUCCUAUCGCCUGCCAGCAGCGAGCGAGCAGGAGGUCGAGACCAGUCUCACCGACCGUUCCUCAUGGUGGCUCUCCGAGCCCAGGAGGAGGCCACGCAGCGACGAGUCAAACGAAGUCUGGAGUGUGAUGGAAAAAUACGUGUCUGCUGUAAAAGACAGUUCUUUGUGAACUUUAAAGACAUCGGCUGGAACGACUGGAUUAUUGCUCCAUCAGGUUAUCAUGCCAACUACUGUGAAGGCGACUGUCCGAACCACAUGGUGAGCCUCAGCAGCUCAUCGCUCUCCUUCCACUCAACGGUCAUCAAUCAUUAUCGCAUGAGAGGCUUUGGCCCGUUUCAAAAUAUCAAGUCCUGCUGCGUGCCAAUGAGGCUGCGCGCCAUGUCCAUGCUUUACUACAGCGAGGAGCAGAAGAUCAUCAAGAAGGACAUUCAGAACAUGAUCGUGGACGAGUGCGGCUGCUCGUGA